CGCAGCGAUGACGCGCAGGGGCGGGCGACGGCAACGGCGGCGGCGGGGCCUGGAGUCCGGGCCGGACAUGGCGGCGCGGCCCGGCCCGCGGGAAGAUGAAUAAGGGCUGGUUGGAGCUGGAGAGCGACCCCGGUCUCUUCACACUCCUGGUCGAAGAUUUUGGGGUCAAGGGAGUGCAGGUUGAAGAGAUCUAUGACCUGCAGAGCAAAUGCCAAGGCCCUGUGUAUGGGUUCAUCUUCCUCUUCAAGUGGAUUGAGGAGCGCAGAUCACGCCGGAAGGUCUCUACCCUGGUGGAUGAGACAUCAGUGAUCGACGAUGACAUCGUUAAUAACAUGUUCUUUGCUCACCAGCUGAUCCCCAAUUCCUGUGCCACCCAUGCCCUGCUGAGCGUCCUCCUGAACUGCAACAAUGUCGACCUGGGCCCCACGCUGAGCCGCAUGAAGGAUUUCACCAAAGGAUUUAGCCCUGAGAGUAAAGGCUAUGCCAUCGGCAAUGCCCCAGAGCUGGCCAAGGCCCACAACAGCCAUGCCAGGCCGGAGCCACGGCACUUGCCAGAAAAGCAGAACGGUAUCAGCGCUGUGCGAACCAUGGAGGCUUUUCAUUUUGUCAGUUAUGUCCCCAUCAAGGGACGGCUGUUCGAGCUGGACGGGCUCAAGGUCUAUCCCAUUGACCACGGGCCGUGGGCUGACGAUGAGGAAUGGACAGACAAAGCCAGGAGAGUCAUCAUGGAGCGCAUCGGCCUGGCCACUGCAGGGGAGCCGUACCACGACAUCCGCUUCAACCUGAUGGCAGUGGUGCCCGAUCGGAGGAUGAAGUACGAGUCCAAGCUGCACAUCCUGAAGAUGAACCGCCAGACUGUGCUGGAGGCCUUGCAGCAGCUUAUCCGAGUAACUCAGCCCGAGCUGAUCCAGACCCAGAAGUCUCAGGAGUCUCAGCCUCCCGAAGAGGCAAAGCCAGCCAGCAGCAAGACCGCGACUCCAGAGAGCACCCAUCCAGACAGCACCGAGGAGCCGGCCAGCCAGGGCCACGCUGCGGCCACGCAGAGCCCACCCAGCAAAUCCAAACCGGUGGCAAAGACGUCAGCGAGCGGUAUCAAUGGGGGGCCUCCAGCAAACCCCAACCCCAUCGUGCAGAGGUUGCCAGCCUUCCUGGACAAUCACAACUACGCCAAGUCCCCCAUGCAGGAGGAGGAAGACCUUGCGGCGGGAGUGGGUCGCAGCCGGGUCCCGGUCCGACAGCACCAGCAGUACUCGGAUGAUGAGGAUGACUACGAUGACGAUGAGGAGGAGGAAGUUCGUAACACCAACUCUGCCAUCAGGUACAAAAGGAAGGGGCAGGUGAAGCAAGAGCACGUGGCGGGGGCUGCGGACGGCCAGCUCUCCGUCCUCCAGCCCAACACCAUCAACGUCCUGGCAGAGAAGCUGAAGGAAUCUCAAAAGGAUCUUUCCAUUCCCCUGUCCAUCAAGACGAGCGGCGGGGGCGCCGCCGUGGCGGUGGUCACCCACUCCCAGCCCUCUCCCACCCCCAGCAACGAGAGCACCGACACCGCCUCCGAGAUCGGCAGCGCCUUCAACUCCCCGCUGCGCUCUCCCAUCCGCUCGGCCAACCCCACCCGCCCCUCCAGCCCCGUCACCUCCCACAUCUCCAAGGUGCUCUUCGGCGAGGAGGACGGCCUGCUGCGCGUCGACUGCAUGCGCUACAACCGCGCCGUCAGGGACCUGGGGCCCGUUAUCAGCACCGGCCUGCUGCACCUCACCGAGGACGGCGUGUUCUGCUCGCUGGCUGUUGCAGAUGGGGGGAAAAGCUCCCCCCCUUCCAUCAAACCCGGUGAAGAGGCCCCGGUCGCAAUCAAACUGGACGAGAAGGAGGGCAGUGAGGCCAGUGACAGCAAAGAGAAGGUGGGACUUGGCAGGACCAGUGAUCACCCUGGGGGGGAAAAGUAUUCUCCCAAGGAGCUGCUGGCACUGCUGAAGUGUGUGGAGGCAGAGAUUGCAAACUACGAGGCCUGCCUGAAGGAAGAGGUGGAGAAGAGGAAGAAAUUCAAGAUCGAUGACCAGAGAAGGACCCACAACUACGACGAGUUCAUCUGUACCUUCAUCUCCAUGCUGGCCCAGGAAGGCAUGCUGGCGAGCCUGGUGGAGCAGAACAUCUCGGUCCGCAGGCGGCAGGGAGUCAGCAUCGGCCGCCUGCACAAGCAGAGGAAGCCGGACCGCCGGAAACGCUCCCGCCCGUACAAAGCCAAGCGGCAGUAGCCUGGCAGUCGGGACUGCGAGAAGAAGCACUUGGGCUUUGCGGCUUUGGGAUCUACGUUACCCUUUGCCCAAGGAAGAGGGACCACAGCCCUGGGCUGAGGUGGAGCCUGGGGACAAAGAGAAAUGGGGUUUUCCCCUGAGCCCGAGUUGUGAAGGGCGGGAGGCCCGGCAGCUGCCGCCGAAGGCAGGUGCGAGCGCCCAGCUGCCUGAGCGUGCCCCGGCGGGGGCCGGGGGCCGUGUCUCGGCGCCGUGGCUGAGGACAGUGGCAGGAGGGGAAGAGCCCACCUGGCCCGGGGCGGGUCUGGCGUUGGGGGAAUGCCGGAGCUGCCCACGCGAGGCUGUGCUGGCCGCAGCUGGCUGGGGCUUGUGUCCUCCUGCGUCCAGGCCUUCAGCUCUAUGAUUCCCCAGGACAUUCGUGUCUGUGUUUUGCUAUCCCUCUCCCUCCCUUUCCCGACUGUAUUUUUGGUUCUGCCCCAUGCUUUGGCUGUUGCCGAGUGAGGCGGCUCCUGGACAGAGCCCCAUCUCCUGCACCCCCUGUUCCCAGAGCUGGCUGAGGCAGGGCCAGACGGGUCCUGCCUUCCCCUGCCCUCACCGCUCCGGGGGUGGCAGCACCCUGUGCCAGCACAGCUGGGCUCCCCGGGGGCCUCGGGUGAGGGCGGGUGGGCUGGGCCCUGUGGGGCUGCUGGGGGCUAGCAUGUAGCUCUGCCUCCGUGGCUGCUCUCCUAGGGACCAGGUCUGUGGCCCUGGCAGUGCCCACGGGUCAUUCCCCAGAGAAACGCCGUGAAUUGUGAACUGUGAGAAGGUUCAGAGGGCGGCCUCGGCGCUGCUGGGCACGGCGCCGGGGUGGAGGCUGGAUGUGGAGGGGCUUGGCUGCAGCCUUUGGGCGUGGGGAGAGGCGAGCGGUUGCUGUAACGCUCACGGUGGGACAGGGACUGCCGGAGGGAGCCCAGAGCCGCUCCUCCUGCCCGAGCCGCCCACCCGCUGCGAGCCCCGAGCUUGCUGGGGCGGGCAGCCCCCCCUCUCCUAUCUCAGCCCUGGGCCUGGCCUGCCUCUUGCCCGCCGCCUGCCCGUGCUCCUGCACGCGGUGCCCGGCCUGUCCCCAGCAGCCCGGCCGAAAUCUCAGGAGCCAGCGGUCAGCACCUCUCCCCAGAGGGGUCCCGAGGCGUAGCUGGGCCAAGCGGAGCUGCCGCAGGAGAGGACUGAAUUUCAUGAAUUUCACAAAUGUGCAGAUUUGUACAGAUCUUGACUAUGGAAUGAAACUGUUCUUUUGGUAUUUUGUUGAAGGGAAGAAAAUCCUUCUGUCUCUUGCUGUGUCUGAUACCAAGUUCUGUAAAUAAUGGAUCUGUCUGAAGGAAUAAAGCUAUCUUGUACCAGCCA